AUGGGCGGAAAUGAGGCUUUAGCAUUUGACAUGGGUUAUGCUCGCUGGCUUGAUGAAUAUCAGCGGCUGAUCAAUGACCUGAGAUCAGUUGUAAAUUCUCAUGUAGGGGAUAAUGAACUACGCAUUCUUGUCGAUAGCAACAUGGCCACCUGCAAUGCAUGGAGCUAUGAUGAGCAUCUCAUUCGAGCAGUUAUUUGUUGUGGCCUGUAUCCUGGUAUUGUGCAAAAUGGAAAGUCAUUCUCAUUGAAAACAAUGGAGGAUGGUCAAACAAAGCCUGCUCUUCCAGCUCUUGGGCGUCUUAUUCACUCGAAUGAUGAAGAUGUGCUAACUGAUGCGUGUUGGGCACUGUCUUACCUUUCUGAUGGUACAAAUGACAAAGUUCAAGCUGUUAUUGAAGCGGGUGUAUGUCCUAGGCUUGUUGAGCUUUUACUUUACUCAUCUCCUUCUGUUCUCAUUCCUGCACUUCGCAUGGUUGGAAACAUUGUCACUGGAGAUGAUAUGCAAACCCAGUGCAUAAUCAACCAUCAGGCACUUCGUUGCCUUCUGAACCCGUUGACCAAUAACCAUAAUAAGAGCAUCAAGAAGGAAGCUUGUUGGACUAUUUCAAAUAUCACAGCUAGCAACAAGAAGCAGAUUCGGGCUGUAAUUGAGGCAAACAUAAUUGGUCCCCUUUGUUCAUUUGCUUCAAAAUGCUGA